AUGACAGCGCAGGUGAAUAGAAAAAGAGGAUUCUGCAUAGCUAACGUCACACCCCCUAGCACUUUGGAGAGACAGAGGCCAGAGAAGGCAGGCAGUCAGCCAGGCACAUAAAAAAGCAGCCUGAGUUUUAUUAUGUCAACACGGCCAACAUGGCCUCAGGUGGGAUGAUUUGUUGGUGAGCGAUACUAUUGGAGGGUUUUUCUCACUUUCCUUCUCGCUCAUGAUUGCUGUGAGCUAUUACUCCUUCCCUCACUCCUCUUCUCACUUUAACUACCUCUCCUUCUCUAUCCCCCUCUCCUACUCCUUUUUCUCCUAUCAAUUGAGGUCCAGCCUGGUGUAGACUUAACUGAUAAAGGGUUGUCUUGGGAGUGUUUGUAUGUGUGUGUGUUUCAAGAUUAAUGGGCUCUGAGACCCUGCACAGCAAAUUCUCUAUUGUUAAUCAACUCUGACAGUGUUACAUUUAACACUGGUCCAGUGUCUAUAUUGGUCAACACUUUUCAGUGUUAAAUUAACGCACUGCUUAGUGUAAAGCCUUAUUUGCAUAUUUCCCAGAGUGCCUUGUUUUUCAACUGAAUUGUAGAGUUAUCAGCCAUAAUAAUAUUGAUAAUAAUAUAUAGUGCUUUUCAUUGAAUCUCAAAGUGAUUCAAGAGCAAAAAAAACAAACAAGCAAUAUAUCAUGACAGGUCAACCAAUAGAGGCCAAGUCUUUGAAAGCUGCAUCCUCCGAAGAUGGAGAGGGUCAGUUCAUGGCUUGAGUGAAGGGAGCUGGACAAAGGAUGGUAAAUGAUGGUGAUGGAGUCUGCUGAUGACCUUGUAGAGGGCAAGUCUUAUAGCCACUGGACUUCUCUUCUUCCACUCUGUGUAGCACCCACUUGGGUGAUGCCUCAGCAGCUCUGGGCGCCAGAAAGCUCACCACACAAAGUUCAAAAUAGUACCCAUGACUGUAUGUGUUAGUGACAGAGACAUGGUUGUUGCAUUCACCCAUUUUCCAUCCUGUGGCCUUCUCCAAGUAUGAUCCUGAGCUAAUAUGUUGUCAUUAAAAUGUCAUUAUUUAACACAAGUCAAGUAUUUAAUAAGGCCUUACUUUGAGGGUUUUACCCUAGUACAGUGGCCUUAAACUCAAGAGUUCAGGCCUGCAAGUCACAUUAUGAUGGCUUGCAAAGUGAUGUGUAAUUCCUAUUGGAAUGCAGCCAGAGUGGGGUUAUCCAGAAUUUGCAUUUUUAUUCACCCACAUUAUUCACCCUGCAUUUAGAAUGCCGGAUUGGGAAGACUAAGAUAUAAGACCACCUUAAGCAUCUAAACUGGAUCAACCAUUUCAGUAACAGGUGCAAUGAAUCAGAUUGGAUUAGUUAACGUUUUAUUUAUAUUUGAGUAGCAUAAGAUUAAUUAAUAAAUCAAUGUACAUGCAAAAACAUUGAUAUUGAAGCAAACAAAACAAUUCUUACUGCAAUAGAGCAUGCUGGGAAAUAUGAUAAUGAUGGGCUUGGUUUUUGUUUAACACUGGUUAUUAACACCAACACUGGGGUUAUUUUACACCAAUGAGUUUUAAUUUAACACUACACAGUAAAUAUAACACCUGAAUCAACAUUAGAAAUGUUACACUGAAAAAUCCACACUAGGCAACACUGGCCAAUUUGCUGUGUGGCCAUCUUCACACAUACAGUGCCUUCGGAAAGUAUUCAGACCCCUUGACUUAUUCUAAAAUAUAUAUAUUUAUAUGGUCGAAGGAAUUGUCCGUAGAGCUCCGAGACAGGAUUGUGUCGAUGCACAGAUCUGGGGAAGGGUACUAAAACAUUUCUGCAGCAUUGUAGGUCCCCAAGAACACAGUGGCCUCCAUCAUUCUUAAAUUGAAGAAGUUUGGAACCAACAAGACUCUUCCUAGAGCUGGCCGCCCGGCCAGACUGAGCAAUCGGGGGUGAAGGGCCUUGGUCAGGGAGGUGACCAAGAACCCGAUGGUCACUCUGACAGAGCUCAUCUGUGGAGAUGGGAGAACCUUCCAGAAGGACAACCAUCUCUGCAGCACUCCACCAAUCAGGCCUUUAUGGUAGUGGCCAGACGGAAGCAACUCUUCAGUAAAAGGCACAUGACAGCCUGCUUGGAGUUUGCCAAAGGUCACCUAAAGACUCUUAGACCAUGAGAAACAAGAUUAUCUGGUCUGAUGAAACCAAGAUUGAAGUCUUUGGCCUGAAUGCCAAGCGUCACGUCUGGAGGAAACCUGGCACCAUCCCUACGGUGAAGCAUGUUGGUGGCAGCAUUAUGCUGUGAGGAUGUUUUUCAGCGGCAGGGACUGGAAGACUAGUCAGGAUCGAGGCAAAGAUGAGCGGAGCAAAGUACAGAGAGAUCCUUCAUGAAAACCUGCUCCAGAGCGCUCAGGACCUCAGACUGGGGCGAAGGUUCACCUUCCAACAGGACAACGACCCUAAGCACACAGCCAAGACAACGCAGGAGUGGCUUCGGGACAAGUCUCUGAACGUCCUUGUGUGGCCCAACCAGAGGCCAGACUUGAAUCCGAUCUAACAUCUCUGGAGACCUGAAAAUAGCUGUGCAGCGACGCUCCCCAUCCAACCUGACAGAGCUUGAGAGAAUCUGCAGAGAAGAAUAAUUGCAGCCUUACCGCAAAAGUGGAAGAGGAAAGUGGAAGGGGGAGAAAGUAAGGAACUUGUCUGUCGGCCUUGCAUUAAAGAACAUAAUUGGUUAAGGAAAACUGCGAUAAAUAAAAAAGUAUAUCAGUUUCACUUAAGGACCAAAGGAUUGACAGCCGUCCCAUAUAGAUUGCAAAAUAGUUGGGAAGAGAUCUUUGACGUACCGAUUCCAUGGCAUAGUGUUUAUGAACUGACACGCAAAACGACACCGGAUUCAAAAAUUAGAAUCUUUCAAUUUAAAUUAUUAUAUAAAAUUCUUGCUACCAAUAGAAUGUUAUUUAUAUGGGGGAUACAAUCUUCCCAGCUCUGCAGAUUUUGCUGUGAAGAGACAGAAUCAUUAGAUCAUUUGUUUUGGUUCUGUCCAUUUGUAGCUCGUUUUUGGACACAGGUCCAGGAAUGGCUAAAGGAUUGCAAUAUUUACCUGGAGCUAACCUUGCAGAUAGCAUUACUGGGUGAUCUGAAAAGUCAUAGUCAAUCAAUCAAUAAUAUAAUAAUACUUUUAGCAAAAAAGUUUAUUUUUAAUUCACAAUCUGUAGAAGCAAUGAGAAUAGAAAGGUUCAGAACUUUUGUAAAACAUCACAGUACGGUUGAAAUAUAUAUGGCAAAUAGAAAUCCUAUAUGGAUGGUGUUAAGAGAUAGAUGGGAGGUAUUGAAUAGAGUUGAAGGAUGGGACUAAUAACAAAUAACAACAAAUAAUAACAAAGAUAGCUAAUAAUGUAAGCAUACUGUGUCCAUAAUAAGUAGAUAGGUUGUAUGUUGGGAGCUUUUGGGAAAGAGCACAGUUAGAAAGAUAUGGCAUAUAGAAGCAAACCGGAUGGACAUCAUGAAAAUGAUCGGAGAGGUUGAGAGUAGAAGAAGUUCAUAUAUAUAUAUAUAUAUAUAUAUAUAUAUAUAUAUAUAUAUAUAUAUAUAUAUAUAUAUAUUAGAAUUAUUGUAAAAUUAACUCUGUCCAUAAGGUGUAGAUAGUAAGUAUAGACCGGAAGUAGAGGCCUGGGCAUUGUUGUUCACUAAUUUACUCCAAGUAGGGAAAGGAUGGUGGGGUUGAAAAGUAAUAAAGGGGAGUAUAUAUAUUUAAAAAAAACAUGGGGGAUUGGAAGUGAUGCAGACAAUUACAUUGAUAGAAGAUACAAUCUAUCUGUAAUAUUAAGCUGAUCCAUUCCCCCCGAAAAAUAAAAUUGUAGAAAAUUUAAAUAAAAAAAAGAGGGGUUCUGUUUACUAAGGAGUAGGUACAGAAACACACUUACGCACACAUAUGUUUGUUUUACUUUCCUUGUUGGGACCAAACAAUUGAUUCCCAUUAAAGAUCCUAUUUUUCAUAACCCUAAACCUAACCUUAACCCCUAACCCUAACUCCUAAACCUAACCCCUAACCAUAACCCUAAUUCUAACCCUAAACCUUACCCCUAAGCCUAAAAUUGCCUUUUCCUUGAUGGGACUGGUGAAAUGUCCCCACUUGUCCAAAUGUUCCUUGUUUUACUAUCCUUGUGAGGACUUCUGGUGCCCACAAGGAUAGUAAAACCACACACACACACACACACACACACACACAGACAUACUCAUGUAAACUAUUUUGUUUCCACUCUCAGAUAGUGGAUUGGUUCGUACAGAUCUGUCUGUGACUGAAGCACAUCCAAGACAGGAAGGUUUUGCACAGAGACAUCAAAGCACAGGUAUUAAACAGCUGUCAUAUUCAGUUAAAAGCCACAGAAAUAUCAAAGCACAGAUACAGCUUAUAACAACUUGAUCUACUCUGAUCAUUGUUUUGUUUCUGUAUUGCUUUCCUCUAGAAUAUAUUCCUUGCCAAGAGUGGGAUGAAAGCCAAGCUGGGAGACUUUGGCAUCGCUAGAAUGUUAAACUAGUGAGUUACUAUGAUAGUGGCAGAAGACACACAGCUAGGAAAGAGACUACUGGUAUUUUCUCCAUGACUUUUCUCCAUGACUGUUGAUUACAGAGAGCUGCAACUGGGUUCAGAAAUGCUAUUAACAUUUCACAGCCUGCACAACCAUACAGUUAUACUGUUAUAAGGUCUGAAAAGAACAUUGGUGCAAAUAAUGAGCCUUGAUCACUUUAUAUGAAUUUUAGAUGAAACCGUUGGCUAGUGAGUCAAAGUUUUUAUGUUUUAUUGUGAUUGGUUAGUACCAUGGAGCUAGCCAGGACCUGUGUUGGGACGCCAUAUUACCUGUCUCCUGAGAUCUGUGAGAACAGACCGUACAACAACAAAACAUAUGUACUCUAUCAUCCUCCCCUCUUUUUCUCUCUCUCUCUCUGUGUCUAGGCCUACAAAGUGAAAGCCAAAAUGUCCGCGUUUUGGUGAAGUGAACUACGGAGCUUCUACCAGGCGCGCCCACGUGAUAUCCUGUUAUUCUGUUACAUGUUUAGACAAGGAAGAAAAUAUACCCUGUGUGUCUACCGAUAAGAUCAGUAGGUGGUGAUAUUUUACCUGAUGGAGCACUGACUGGCUGACUGUGAGAAAGAGUUGGGGGUAGGGACAUAACCAGAGUAUGUUGUGUAGGAACUCAUGUUUUUGUGUAAACAGUGAAGAAGGCAGGAGGGAAUAUACAGUGAGGGAAAAAAGUAUUUGAUCCCCUGCUGAUUUUAUACGUUUGCCCACUGACAAAGAAAUGAUCAGUCUAUAAUUUUAAUGGUAGGUUUAUUUGAACAGUGAGAAACAGAAUAAACAAAACAAAAAUCCAGAAAAACGCAUGUCAAAAAUGUUAUAAAUUGAUUUGCAUUUUAAUGAGGGAAAUAAGUAUUUGACCCCUCUGCAAAACAUGACUUAGUACUUGGUGGCAAAACCCUUGUUGGCAAUAACAGAGGUCAGACGUUUCUUGUAGUUGGCCACCAGGUUUGCACACAUCUCAGGAGGGAUUUUGUCUCCUCUUUGCAGAUCUUCUCCAAGUCAUUAAGGUUUCGAGGCUGAUGUUUGGCAACUCGAACCUUCAGUUCCCUCCAAAGAUUUUCUAUGGGAUUAAGGUCUGGAGACUGGCAGGCCACUCCAGGACCUUAAUGUGCUUCUUCUUGAGCCACUCCUUUGUUGCCUUGGCCGUGUGUUUUGGGUCAUUGUCAUGCUGGAAUACCCAUCCACAACCCAUUUUCAAUGCCCUGGCUGUGGGAAGGAGGUUCUCACCCAAGAUUUGACGGUACAUGGUCCCGUCCAUCGUCCCUUUGAUGCGGUGAAGUUAUCCUGUCCCCUUAGCAGAAAAACACCCCCAAAGCAUAAUGUUUCCACCUCCAUGUUUGACGGUGGGGAUGGUGUUCUUGGGGUCAUAGGCAGCAUUCCUCCUCCUCCAAACACGGCGAGUUGAGUUGAUGCCAAGGAACUCCAUUUUGGUCUCAUCUGACCACAACACUUUCUCCCAGUUCUCCUCUGAGUCAUUCAGAUGUUCAUUGGCAAACUUCAGACGGGCAUGUAUAUGUGCUUUCUUGAGCAGGGGGACCUUGCGGGCGCUGCAGGAUUUCAGUCCUUCACGGCGUAGUGUGUUACCAAUUGUUUUCUUGGUAAUUAUGGUCCCAGCUGCCUUGAGAUCAUUGACAAGAUCCUCCCGUGUAGUUCUGGGCUGAUUCCUCACCGUUCUCAUGAUCAUUGCAACUCCACGAGGUGAGAUCUUGCAUGGAGCCCCAGGCCAAGGAAGAUUGACAGUUAUUUUGUGUUUCUUCCAUUUGCGAAUAAUCGCACCAACUGUUAUCACCUUCUCACCAAGCUGCUUGGCGAUGGUCUUGUAGCCCAUUCCAGCCUUGGGUAGGUCUACAAUCUUGUCCCUGACAUCCUUGGAGAGCUCUUUGGUCUUGGCCAUGGUGGAGAGUCUGGAAUCUGAUUGAUUGAUUGCUUCUUUUUUUCUUCUUCUUUUUUUUUCUGUGGACAGGUGUCUUUUAUACAGGUAACAAGCUGAGAUUAGGAGCACUCCCUUUAAGAGUGUGCUCCUAAUCUCAGCUCGUUACCUGUAUAAAAGACACCUGGGAGCCAGAAAUCUUUCUGAUUGAGAGGGGGUCAAAUACUUAUUUCCCUCAUUAAAAUGCAAAUCAAUUCAUAACAUUUUUGACAUGCGUUUUUCUGGAUUUUUUUUUUGUUAUUCUGUCUCUCACUGUUCAAAUAAACCUACCAUUAAAAUUAUAGACUGAUCAUUUCUUUGUCAGUGGGCAAACGUACAAAAUCAGCAGGGGAUCAAAUACUUUUUCCCCUCACUGUAGAGCAUUAGCUAGCUGUCUGAUCAAUCAACUAUGUGGCUGCAGCUACGUCAAACCAUUGUUCUGUUCUCCAGGACUGGGCUGUUUUGUCAUUAGAGUUUCACUGUCACUGACACCCACAGUGUAAUGCUAUGUGUUUUUUGCCAUUUCCCCUCUAUUAGCACAUCUCUAAUGGUUCAAGAUUAUCAUAUACAUAACAAACAUACAGUAUUCAGAGGGGUUGGGUUAAAUGCGGAAGACUCAUUUCAGUUGAAUGCAUUUAGUUGUACAACUGACUAGGUAUCCCCCUUUCUAUAUCCUUUCCCUUAUUUAACUCCCUGUCAUCCAACACUACCACAGCUGCAAUAUAUCCUUGUGCAUUUUCAAAUAAUAGUGGUUCUCUCUGUUGCUCAGGGAUAUCUGGUCUCUGGGCUGUGUCCUGUAUGAGCGCUGCACCUUCAGACAUCCAGUAAGUACUGCCACGCACGCACGCGUACACACACACGCGUACACACACACACACACACACACACACACACACACAGUGCUUUCAGAAAGUAUUCAUACUCCAUGACCUAAGAUAAAUUAGAGAUAGAAUAAGAAUUGCAUUAUUAAUAUACAAAACAUUAGGAACACAUUUCUAAUAUUGAGUUGGACCCCCUUUUGCACUCAGAACAGCCUCAAUUCGUCGGAGCAUGGACUCUACAAGGUGUCAAAAGCAUUCCACAGGGAUGCUGGCCCAUGUUGACUCCAAUGCUUCCCACAGUUGUCUCAAGUUGGCUGGAUGUCCUUUGGGUGGUGUACCAUUCUUGAUACACACGGGAAACUGUUGAGUGUCAAAAACCCAGCAGCGUUGCAGUUCUCAACACAAACUGGUAUACCUGGUACCUACAACCAUACCCCGUUCAAAGGCACUUACAUCUUUUGUCUUGCCCAUUCACACUCUGAAUAACACACACAAUCCAUGUCUCAAUUGUCUCAAGGCUUAAAAAUAGCCUUGGCGUUCAAAUUCAUCCCAAAGGUGUUCGAUGGGGUUAAGGUCAGGGCUCUGUGCAGGCCAGUCAAGUUCUUCCACACUGAUCUUGACAAACCAUUUCUGUAUGGACCUCGCUUUGUGCACAAGGGCAUUGUCAUGCUGAAACAGGAAAGGGCCUUCCCCAAACUGUUGCCACGAAGUUGGAAGCACAGAAUCAUCUAGAAUGUCAUUGUAUGAUGUAGCGUUAAUAUUUCCCUUCACUGGAACUAAGGGGCCUAGCCCAAACCAUGAAAAACAGCCUCAGACCAUUAUUCCUCCUCCACCAAACUUUACAGUUGGCACUAUGCAUUUGGGCAGGUAGCGUUCUCCUGGCAUCCGCCAAACCCAGAUUAGUCCGUCAGACUGCCAGAUGGUGAAGCGUGAUUAAUCACUCCAGAGAACGCGUUUCCACUGCUCCAGAGUCCAAUGGCGGCGAGCUUAACACCACUUCAGCCGAUACUUUGCAUUGCGCAUGGUGAUCUUAGGCUUGUGUGCGGCUGCUCGGCCAUGGAAACCCAUUUCAUGAAUCUCCCGACGAACAGUUAUUGUGCUGACAUUGCUUCUAGAGGCAGUUUGGAACUCGGUAGUGAGUGUUGCAACCGAGGACAGACGAUUUUUAUGCGGUACGCGCUUCAGCACUCGGCUGUCUCGUUCUGUGAGCUUGUGUGGCCUACCACUUCGCGGCUGAGCCGUUGUUGCUCCUAGACGUUUCCACUUCACAAUAACACUUACAGUAGACCGGGGCAGCUCUUGCAGGGCAAAAAUUUGACGAACUAACUUGUUGGAAAGGUGGCAUCCUUUGACGGUGCCACGUUGAAAGUCACUGAGCUCUUCAGUAAGGCCAUUCUACUGUCAAUAUUUGUCUAUGGAGACUGCAUGGCUGUGUGCUCGAUUUGAUAUACCUGUCAACAACGGGUGUGGCUGAAAUAGCCAAAUCCACUCAUUUGAAGGGGUGUCCACAUACUUUUGUAUAUGUAGUGUACUUCUUUAACCCGUCUCCUCCCCUUCAUCUACACUAAUUGAAGUGGAUUUAACAAGUGACAUCAAUACGGGAUCAUAGCUUUCACUUGGAUUCACCUGGUCAGUCUAUGUCAUGGAAAGAGCAAGUGUUCCUAAUGUUCCAUCAAUCAUUGAUUCAGCCAUGUCGUCAAGGUAUGCAUUGAUAUUUAUGUUGUAGUGUCUACCAUUUUAUUGCAAUACAUUUCUCUCUCAUUAACCGUGUAAUAAUAACUGAAUGCAUAAUAUAUUUGUAUGACUAAUUUUAGGCUCUUUGAGUUUGACACCAAUAGUUUGGAUGGGCUUCUGUUACUUCAUCUAUCUCAGAAAUGAACUUAUUGCUAAACAUUUCAUUCAGCAUGGCCAUAAUAUUCCAUUGAAAGAAGUGUAACAUUGCCAUAAAAUCUGGAUAACCCUCAAAUAAUUGCGGCCCUUGAAGUAUGACACUCAUGGUAUUUGGCUCCAGGUAGACAAUUGAAUGAAAGACGGUACAAGUCGCAGAGUCCCUUGUAUUUUUGUGCAUCCUGUGCAGGUUUUAACAAGACCUGUCAGCAUACUUAUAUUUGGUCUCUGGGCUGUCCUGUAUGAGCUCUGCACCCUCAGACAUCCAGUAAGCACUGCCAUGGACACACACACACACACACACACACACAUACACUACGAGUCAAAAGUUUGGACACACCUACUCAUUCAAGGGUUUUUCUUUAUUUUUACUAUUGUUUACAAGGUAAAAUAAUAGUGAAGACAUCAAAACUAUGAAAUAACACAUAUGGAAUCAUGUAGUGAACAAAAAAGUGUUGAACAAAUCAAAAUAGAUGUUAUAUUUGAGAUUCUUCAAAUAGCACAUUUACAUUUUAGUCAUUUAGCAGAUGCUCUUAUCCAGAGCGACUUACAGUUAGUGAGUGCAUACAUUUUUCAUACUGGCCCCCUGUGGGAAACGAACCCACAACCCUGCCGUUGCAAGCACCAUGUUCUACCAACUGAGCUACAGGCCCCUUUGCCUUGAUGACAGCUUUGCACACUCUUGGCAUUCUCUCAACCAGCUGAAAUUUCAAUCAACAGGUGUGUCUUCUUAAAAGUUAAUUUGUGGAAUUUCUUUCCUUUUUAAUGCGUUUCAGCCAAUCAGUUGUGUUGUGACAAAGUAGGGGGGUAUACAGAAGAUAGCCCUAUUUGGUAAAAGACCAAGUCCAUAAUAUGGCAAGAACAGCUCAAAUAAGCAAAGAGAAACGACAGUCCAUCAUUACUUUAAGACAUGAAGGUCAGUCAAUACGGAACAUUUCAAGAACUUUGAAAGUUUCUUCAAGUGCAGUCGCAAAAACCAUCAGGCGCUAUGAUGAAACUGGCUCUCAUGAGGACCGCUACAAGAAAGGAAGACCCAGAGUUACCUCUGCUGCAGAGGAUAAGUUCAUUAGAGUUACCAGCCUCAGAAAUUGCAGCCCAAAUAAAUGCUUCACAGAGUUCAAGUAACAGACACAUCUCAACAUCAACUGUUCAGAGGGGACUGUGUGAAUCAGGCCUUCAUGGUUGAAUUGCUGCAAAUAAACCACUACUAAAGGACACCAAUAAGAAGGAGAGACUUGCUAGGGCCAAGAAACACAAGCAAUGGACAUUAGACCAGUGGAAAUCUGUCCUUUGGUCUGGAGUCCAAAUUGAAGAUUUUUGGUUUAACCUGCCGUGUCUAUGUGAGACGCAUUGUAGGUGAACGGAGGAUCUCUGUAUGUGUAGUUCCCACAUGGAGGAGGAGGUGUGAUGGUGUGGGGGUGCUUUGCUGGUGACACUGUCUGUGAUUUAUUUAGAAUUCAAGGCACACUUAACCAGCAUGGCUACCACAGCAUUCUGCAGUGAUACGCCAUCCCAUCUGGUUUGGGCUUAGUGGGACUAUCAUUUGUUUUUCUACAGGACAAUGACCCAACACACCUCCAGGCUGUGUAAGGGCUAUUUUACCAAGAAGGAGAGUGAUGGAGUGCUGCAUCAGAGGACCUGGCCUCCACAAUCAACCGACCUCUAACCAAUUGAGAUGGUUUGGGAUGAAUUGGACCUCAGAGUGAAGAAAAAGCAGCCAACAAGGGCUCAGCAUAUGUGGGAACUCCUUCAAGACUGUUGGAAAAGCAUUUCUCAUUAAGCUGGUUGAGAGAAUGCCAAGAGUGUGCAAAGUUGUCAUCAAGGCAAAGGGUGGCUACUUUGAAGAAUUUCAAAUAUAAAAUAUAUGUAUAACUAAAUAUUUGUUUAACACUUUUUUGGUUACUACAUGAUUCCAUAUGUGUUAUUUCAUAGUUUUGAUGUCUUCACUAUUAUUCUACAAUGUAGAAAAUAGUAAAAAAUAAAGAAAAAUCCUUGAAUGAGUAGGUGUGUCCAAACUUUUGACUGGUACUGUAUAUGCUAGUCGGUGUCAGAGGAAGGUCCAAAAAAUUGUCAAAGACUCCAGUCACCCAAGUCAUAGACUGUUCUCUCUGCUACCGCACGGUACCGGAGCGCCAAGUCUAGAUCCAAAGGCUCUUUAACAGCUUGUACCCCCAAGCCAUAAGACUGCUGAACAAUUAAUCAAAUGGCCACCCGGACUAUUUGCAAGUGCUGACAUAUCCUUUCUGGCACCUGUAAUGUUAUGCUAACAUCAUAUCAACAUUCAGAGUGUGCUGAGUAGACUGGGAGUGUCAAAGUGUCAUCACAAUUAUGUAACUAUCUAAAUGUUCUUCUUUUUUUGUAACUUUAAAAUAUUUCAUCCCCUGUUGGGUCCAGAAAUAGUCCCCAAAGCCAGAGAAGCCUCCACCCGGCCAAAGCCUGGGCUCUGGGUAAAGAAACUCCUCCCUGCUGAAUCCUCCUCCCCCUCCCCACCCCUCCUCCCUCUCUGUGGAUGACUUCGUCAACCAUUUUGAAAAGAAGGUUGACGACAUCCGAUCCUCGUUUGUUAAGUCAAAUGACACUGCUGGUCCUGCUCACAUUGCCCUACCCUAUGCUUUGAGUUCUUUCUCCCCUCUCUCUCCAGAUGAAAUCUUGCGACGUGACGGCCGGCCGCCCAACAAACUGCCCGCUUGACCCUAUCCUCUCUUCUCCAGACCAUCUCCGGUGACCUUCUCCCUUACCUCACCUCGCUCAUCAACUCAUCCUUGACCGCUGGCUAUGUCCCUUCCGUCUUCAAGAGAGCGAGAGUUGCACCCCUUCUCAAAAAACCAACACUCUGAUGUCAACAACUACAGACCAGUAUCCCUUCUUUCUUUUCUCUCCAAAACUCUUGAGCGUGCCGUCUUUAGCCAACUCUCUUGCUAUCUCUCUCAGAAUGACCUUCUUGAUCCAAACCAGUCAGGUUUCAAGACUGGUCAUUCAACUGAGACUGCUCUUCUCUGUGUCACGGAGGCUCUCCGCACUACUAAAGCUAACUCUCUCUCCUCUGCUCUUGUCCUUCUAGACCUGUCUGCUGCCUUUGAAACUGUGAACCAUCAGAUCCUCCUCUCCACCCUCUCCGAGUUGGGCAUCUCCGGCGCGGCUCACUCUUGGAUUGCGUCCUACCUGACCGGUCGCUCCUACCAAGUGGCAUGGCGAGAAUCUGUCUCCGCACCACGUGCUCUCACCACUGGUGUCUACCACACACCCAAAACUGAUUAGUGAAGUUACUGGAAGCAAAAUGCAUAACUGGAGAAACAGGAAAAUGAUCUGAUGAAGGUCGACUGACCGAAAGCUUAGCUUCUAUAAAAAGAAAUGUGCAUUUCACUGGAAGUGUGCAGAGACAUUUUUCCUGUUUCUCCAUCAUAGCUACUACAUGAAAGCGUGUUCCUAGUUCCUAAUCCCAUUUUAUCUUAUUCCAUCUCAUCUUUUUGUUUGUUUUUUUGUUCCUCAGUCAUUUCAUCCACAAGCAGCACAGGUGAAGGAUCCAGCAGCCAGACAAUACAGUCAACAGGACCCCAGGUGGAACGGUCAGGCUGAAGUCAACCCCUAUGACCACUACCAUGCCCAGCUGGACACCAUCCAGAGGAGAUACCCUCCUCCACCUCCUCCGCCCCUUCUUCUUACUCCUCCUCAUCCUCCUCUUUCUUCCCAUCAUCCUCCAGUGGUUCAGGAGAGACCUGUGGAGCACUAUGAUGACAGAGAGAACCGCACAGAACCUUAUCAAUCGGGAGUGUUCAAUCAAGCAUAAUCAUAACCAUAGAACAAUGAAGUGUUCUUCAAGCCUGGUCCUUGGGAGAUGCAGGAUUUUGUUUGUGUGUGUUUGGCCUUCAGAGUGGCCACUGCUCGUAAUGAAUCCCUCCAGAGGAGACAGGAGGCCAACCAGUACAAGCUGAGGGCAGGGAAACAGCUGGUGGGUCUCAGGCUGUAUUACACUGAAACACCUGUUUGCUGGCUUCUGUUAAAUACAAGAAAAACUGGAUAUGCUGCUGAUGUAUGGUAACUAAAAUCUGUGAACCUGACCCUUCCCCUUUUGACCCCCAGGGCCUGCGGCCCUCCACAGCAGACGCUGAGUGGUACAGACAGCCUGAGCAGGACCAAGGGGCAGGGUAUUCUGCACACCCACACAUACCAUACGUCAGGAGGCAGGAUGGGACUGAACGGCAGGAGAAUGUGCAGAAAAGUGACUUAUAUGAUUUAUUGUUUAUUUGUCAAGCAUUCAGGUUCAUGUGUGUAUGUGUAGGAGUAUCUAUGGCAGUUGCAGCACAUCAGACAGCAAUAUUAUAAGGAGAUGAGAGAGCUGACGCUGAGGUAAAGAAGACAACAUAUUGACAUAAAGGUUUCUCUGUCAUUCCCUAUGCCCUACCAUUAUCACAACUACGUGAUAUCUGCAUAACACCACUACACAAUUCUAAUACCAUUCUCACUGUUCAUAACAUAGCAGAUUCUGCCAGAAUAAAAGUCUAUACAGUGAGUAUACCAAACAUUAGGAACACCUUCCUAAUAUUGAGUUCCAUAUCUGGUCCCCCCUUUUCGCCUCAGAACAGUCUCAAUUCACACUCAGUGUAUAUUGACUAUAGGUAGUUUUCCAUCCAAUUGGCGACAGAUUUUCAUGCGAAUAUUCUAAAAUCUGCCUAAUGACCAUAAUGAAAAUCACAAGGGUGUUUCCACCAAACGGACUUGAUGCAGAUACAAAUCAGUGUGUGAUGACAUAGUGCACAAAAAAAAAUGUUCUUUUUCGUUGAAGGUUUCAUGUACAGAAUAAAAAUUUAAAGUUCAAUGUGUUUCCAUCGCAUUUUUACCCUACCGAUACUUUUAUCACAAAAACUGCUGCGUUAAAUAGCAACCAACAGCUCACAGAUACAGUGCGGGUAGGCUAAUCUACAUAAUAACAUUAUUAUGGAUAAGAGCGAGAAUAUUUGUAUUGUCAUGUCACUAGAAUCAGACCCUCGAUAUUUAUUGGAAAGGAGCAUCAAGAUCACUGUGCACUUUCACCACCCUGUGAAGUUCAUAAGUUAUUUCAUCUGUAGCCUAAUAAACAUCAUAUUUUUCCGAGUCGUAGUGGGAGGACCACACACCAUAUAAUCGUGUGACUCCAAGUUUACUUCGAUAUGAUGGUGUGGUAUCUGAGGAAUUUAUGACUUUGCUAAUGGUUUCAAAUGGUUUUAGAGGAUGUUGACUAAGCUUAAAGGGAGCAUCUGGGGAGGAGUUCUAUAGGGGCACCAUAAAGCUGAGGAAGUCUGUUAGGUGUCGUCCUGGGAUUGGUUGGUAGGAAAAACCACCCAUAUUAUAUUACAUAGGGCAUAGGAUAUAAAUACCACAGUUAAGACAAAGGAGGACAGAAUAAUCAUAUUUGAGAUGGGUGAUUAUUCUCCAGGUAUCUGCAGGUAUCUGUAAAUUGAAGCUGUAACCCUUUGAUAUAAAUAAACCUUUAUGAUGAAAAUACAGCGUCAGCGGAUUUCCUUGGUCUCACAGCAUAAUUAGCAACGUUUUCUCGACACAACAAUGGUUUUUAUAUCAAUAUUUGCGCAUAAAGGCGUUUCCACCGCCAUUUCUCACAUAAUUAAUUUUACCGAGACAAAAAGAUCCCACCAUGUCAAACGAACAAAUUAUCUGCCAGCAUUUAUACAAUUCUACCGAAACGUCCUGUUUCCAUCAAUACUGUAGUUUAUUUUAUUUUUUUAUACAGGAUGACAUUGCUCGCAUGGAAACGUGGUUAUUGAUAUUAACAGAACAGACAUAUUUUCAGCCCCAGUCACAAGUGAGCCCAAACACACAGAGACAAGAGAGAAACCCCAACCUGCCCAGGUAAGACCAGGGGCUUAUUGCCGAACGUUCACAUAGAAAUGUAUUGUGUAGAACGGAGAUGUCAUGUACAAGAAAUAAUAAUUUCGGCUCUAUAUAUUACAUUUCUAUCUGCAACAUUUAGGACAUUGAAGGAACCCUGUGACAGAUCAGUCAGAAGAACAGAUGGGAGAGGGGAACUACAGAAGCACAAAGACAAGACAGCGCCCAUGUUUGAGAUCAAGUUAAAUGAUGAAGGGAUUCAAGAGGAUGAAGAGGAAGAAAAAGAGGAGGAGAAGAUGGACGAUAAGAGAAUAGUGGAUGACAAAAAACUAGACGAGCAAGAGGUAAAAGAUGACAUGUUACCAUGUUGCCUGAGUAUGUUCAUUUCAACAUGGUGUCUGACUUUAGACAACGGUAGGGCUCUCAAGUAUCUCAUACUUGACCGUGUGCAUGCAUGGGUCUAGGAGCUUGACCCACUGAACCAGACUUUGAGCUUCCAGGCAGGGGAGGAGCUGAGGCACAGGGAUUGGUUCGGGGCAUGAUUGGGGGCGGGGCAGGUUGAAGGCACGCCCAGGUCAGAUGUGAGGCUUGGCAGCACCACAGACCCUACUGGACGCCCUGGCUGAGAUGGACAUGUCAUCAGUGUGUACCACCAUGGCUGUGCCUGAACUGGGUGAGUGAGUGAGGGUACACCUGUACACACAUUGUUUCAGUUCCGGUUGUAAUUUAGUGUCAGUGUUCUAAAGGGUCAGUGCAGUACUCUCCUCUUACACCCAGACGGAGCUGCAGAUGGGGAGGAGGUGAGGCUAUAAGGGUGAGGAGAGUGGGAAGAGGGUCCCCCCCAACACCCUGCUCCAUGCCCUCUGCCAGGCUGCGCUAACUACCACCCUUGACUCCCUAAUCCCAUGUCAGACAACUCUCUACCCCACUACAGGGACAUUCACAAAAACAUCCUUCUGUGCAGUCUUUAUUAAAUAUGAAAGACCUAUAUGAGCCAUGAAAGGUCAGGACAGUGAAUCAAUUAUCUUGCUUCCCUGCUUUCUUUUCUCCCUCUUAGAACCCUUGACUGAGAAAGGGGGAGUAGAAGAUAGAGGGGGAAGGAAAAUCAGAUGUGGAAGUGGACAAGGAACGCCUGGAGCCCAGGUCGGGUGAUGACAACAUGCGAGUGUGACGCUUGGCUGAUACAAGGUUCUUGUUUUUCAAAGGUCUGCCUGAUAUCAGCAAUGUAACCUUUACAAAACAGAGAUUAUGUCCUCAGUCAACUUAUCCCCCAAUAACAUUUGCUUCCUUUAAAUAUCUCCUUCCUCCAGAACUUUGAGGAGUCUGAAGAUGAGCUGAGAGAGGAGGUGGCAGAGUCGAUGAUUAACUUAUUUAUAAUGGAGGAUGGAGCGAGUGCGAAAUAGGUAGGAGAGGUUGUAGUAACAUAUGGGGUAGUGGGGAAACGGAGUUAGAUAGUCAGGAACCUGGAGCCCUCCAGCAAAUACACCCAGUGGUAGAGCCUACAGGUGAAAACACUGGAAACUUCCACGGAGGGUAACAACUCUCAGACUCAAGCUGCAGGGUGUGAUACUCAGACAAAGAAACCUGGCGAGGCCCAGGCUGCAGAUGAGGACCAGGCCCAGACAAAAGACUGA